AUGGUGACUAUGUAUAGUCCAGAUACGAAUUCCAUCAUCAAAGCCUUAUCCGACAGUCUGCACAUCAAUUCAAGCAGCCCUUCACAAAUCUCACGAAAAAGACGUAUAAAAAGAAGCCAUCUCUUAGAAAUAAGUAAAUCUGCUUGCCAAUCCGAAGACGAUUCUGAGCUCUCAAGCCGUAUGCUUUCAUGAUUUUGUUCAUUAUCAGCCUCAUCUCGGCUUAAUGUUCUUUCUCUUCAAAAUGGCAUUACUUCGACUUUUAUUCGUCAAAUGUAUAUAAAAAAGCUCACCGAAGGUGAGUACGAAUUUGCAAUUGUUGAUAAUAUCCCUAAGCAAUAUGACCAAGAGAUUCCAGAAGACAACUUUCUAUUUCGAAGAAAAACAUUUGAAGGCUACUCAUAUACAGACACAAAAUUCCAAGCAGAGAAAAAUUUCGAACAAAUCAUCCGGCUCACAGACACUGAAGAAUAUUUAGAUACCCUCACUGUAGAUCCUGAGAUGGCUAAAUAUCCAGAGAAGCUGAUAGAGCUGAUCAAAUCUAUCUCAAAUAAGCAAGCUUUCCAGAUCCCUUGCAGAUGUUUUUGGGAUAGCUCAUUUAAAAGAUGAAUGUGGGAAUAUCCAUCUUGGUUUUCGUCCACAUCUUAUAACUCUUUAGCAUCUUGGGUUUCGGCGGGGUUUGAAAGAGCUAUAUGAAUGAGGUUUUGGAUUCUUAAUGGGAUUGACCCCAGAAAGCAAGGAGAAAUACAAAAUUUUUUAUGGGAUGAAAUAUAUGGAAAUGACGCCCAAGAAAACCAGCAGAGACUUUCUGAGUUUAUUGGCCAGCUGAACGAAAAAAAUAAAUUGUCAGUGGUCGGAGAUAUUGACGAACUUACAAAAAUUUUUUUGGCUGUAAAAUCAGAGCUAGCUAACUUGAGUAAGGACCAAAUUAAUACGUGGGCUUACCCUCAAAUAGCGAGAUUUCCAUAUUUCAGCUCGAUGGCGACUGGAAUUUUUGCUUAUUGUAAUCCUCUUAUGGGAGGAUUCCAUAUAAAUGCAUUGAGAAAUAAAAUUCAGUAUUACCAGACCGCAAAAAGUGUAGAAAUUAUUAUUCAGAGAGCACAGUCAGAUAAUGCUGAAAAAUUCAUUGAAUUUCUAGCAAGCUCACCUCUAGAUAGAGCUGUGACUUAUUUAGACAUUGUAACAAGAAAAGUGCUUCUUACUCCCCCCCCCUCCGUGAGUGAAUAAAAAAAUUUUGUUCACUCACGGAGGGGGAUUAAUUUUUUUUUUUUUAAAAUAAUUUAUAUAUAAAUUUUAUAAAAAAGAUUUUUUUUCGAAAUUUAAAAAAAUCCUAAUUCGCAAAAAUUGGAAAGCAAAAAUUAAUUUAAUUUAUAAAAUUUAUGUUUUAAAAAGCAAUUCGUUUAAAAUUAAACAGAAUUAGCUCUAGAUUUCAUUAUAAUAAUUAUCAUUUAUAUAUCAAAGUUUUUUUUCCAUAAAAAAAUUUUCUAUUAAAAAAAUUUUUGUUCACUCACAGAGGGUGGGUUUUGGGCAAAAAAUAGCGAUUUUUCUAAUGUUUUGUUCACUCACGGAGGGGGGGGGAGUUAGGAUUAAGAGCGCUUUAACAGAAAAAAACGCUGAAGACUUGCUUAAAUUAGAAGAAAUUGUACCAGCAAAAGGUAAAAAAAACGACGAGAGUAAAAAGAAGAAGAAAAAAAAGAAAAAGCACCAUAAGCCAAAAUUGGUAAGCCAGCCAGCUGCUGAGCAGACUAAUAAGAGUGAAAAAGAAGACGACGAAUCAGAAGUUGUUAAAAGUCUCAUAGAAUCUAUAAUGGAAACUUUAUAUACCCAAAUACAAAAGAUUGAGUCGAGCUCUAAUUAUACAUCGAAUGACUCAGAAGACACACAAGUUACUGAUGAGCCUCUUGAAUUCAAAGAAACUCAAAUUGAUGAAGCACAAAAAGAAGAAUUCAAAAAAGUCGAGAUUCAUAAAAAGAAAACAAAUAUAAAUAAAAAGCAGCAGGCACCGAAAGGAAAAAAGCAUAACAACAAAAGGCCAAAGCAUGCUAAACCGAAUGAGCAGUCAACAGAAAAUAAUCAGAAAAAAGCAGCUCAUCCAGCCAAGCAUCCAGCUCCAAAAAAGAAUUUUCAGUGGCAAAGUCCUCCAACCUCAGCCCAAGCAGCACCAGUUUCAAGCGAGCUUGACUUUCCUCCACUUGCGGCUUCCUGUAUAAGCCCCAAAGUCAAGCAUAAGCUUCACCAAGAAAUCCUAAAAUUCGGCAAAGAAAUCACUAAAAUUACAAAUUCAAGAAGCUCAAUAAUUUACGGCCUAAUGAACAACCUUAAUGAAUGGGCCUGGAAAAUGUUCCCAUUGGCCACAGUUCAGCUUUUUGGCUCUUACGGUAGUGGUCUAGCCUUAGACGACAGCGACAUUGACUUAGCCAUCACAAAUGUCGGGCUUUUUGAUCGCCCAAGUAUCCAGCAAGCAUGCUCCCAGCUGGGAGAAUCCCUUAUGUUUACUCGUUGGGUCACGAAAUGUACAGUGAUCACAACUGCGACCAUCCCAGUUGUGAAGCUUGAAGUCAACCCAAAGUACCUUUGCGAAGACCAAGAAGAAGGAAAUAUCAUGGUAGAUGUGACAUUUGAUGAUUCUUAUGAGUCAAACAUGGGCACACAUUUAGGCCUAUCAUCUUUAUAUAUGACCCAAACUCUUGUCGGGAAUUAUCUACAUUUCAGAGAAAUUGCUUUGGUGCUAAAAAAAUUGUUGUACGCUCAUUCCUUGAACUCGCUUUAUCAUGGUAAACAAUAUUUUAGGAGGCCUAAGCUCUUAUAGCUUAACUAUAUGGAUUGCGGCUUAUAUGAAUAAUUCAGGAUUCUAUGAAGACUUAGGAGAAGUCUUGCUAGGGUUUCUUGAUUUUUUUGGAAAUAAAUUUGAUCCAAAGAGAACGGGGAUUAAUGUGGCAAAUGGGGAAUCUUUUUAUAGUUUGCCAGAAAAUAAUUUUGAAGUAAUAGUCACUAUUGAUCCAAUUAACCCUGAAAAUAAUACCACUAGAGCUUCGUAUAGGAUACAGGAAGUUCUUAAGCUGUUUUCUUGGGCUCAUAGUAAGCUUAAUGAACUGAUUGAAAGUGGAAAUGCGAAAGAAAUGCUUAAACAAAUUCUCAAAGGGUAA